GUUUGGUUUGAUUUAAUCUUGCUGGCAUUACUUGUCAGAAUAUUAUUUGUGUGAGGUAGUUGUUCUUCAAUCAAGCUGCCGGCCUACUCGGAAAAAUGUUUAAUGACGAAUUAAGAUACUCCGAAAAUGAUAAUUUUUUGGAAACUAAUGUUGAAUUCCAUAAAUCAACAAAUAAGCCAUUAAUAUAUAGUAUGAAGCUAACGAAAGGAAUACAAUUUUCAGACUCUUUAAUUUGUUCACUUUUUAAAGAGGUCUUUCUUCCACAGGGCUUCCCAGAAAGUGUUCACACAGAUUAUAUAGAGUAUCAAAUUUGGGAUUCGUUACAGGCUUUUGCAAGUACUAUUAACGGUACCUUAGCCACGCAUUCUAUCAUGCGAGGCGUCGGAGUCGGAGAAUCGACGGCAACUCCCUUAGUAGCUGCUAUAACGUGGAUAUUAAAAGACGGAACCGGCAUGAUUGGAAGAAUCAUAUUCGCAUGGUGGCAAGGACACAAUUUGGAUAGUCAUUGUAAGAGAUGGAGGCUAUUUGCGGAUAUUUUAAACGAUGCUGCAAUGGUGAUUGAAAUAACAGUGCCAUAUACACAUACAUUUUCUUCGUACAUUUUGUGCCUUACAACUGGAAUGAAAGCCAUUGUUGGUAUCGCGGGUGGAGCAACGAGAACAGCCAUAAUGCAACAUCAUGCCAUUAAUGAUAAUAUGGCUGAUGUUUCUGCUAAAGAACACAGUCAAGGAACACUUGUAAAUUUAGUUGGUUCCAUUGUUGGAAUUAUGAUAUUGUUGAUAGUGCACGAAAGCUUAUUUAUUUAUAUAUGCAUUGGGCUAGUCAUAGUUCAUAUUACAUGUAAUUAUUAUGCUGUAACUUCAUUGAAAAUAAAUACAUUAAAUGAUGAUCGCUUGUGUUUACUGAUAGAGAGUUAUUUCCUUAAUCAGAAUAUUCCAAGUGUGGAACGCGUGAACGAAGAAGAAUCUAUCCUUGUUCUAUUUAAAAAACCAGCGCAAGAAAUUUUUGGAUUUAACAUUGAAAUUGGUGUAUCUUUUAAAAAAAUGUUAGAAAUGAAAUUGAUAGAUUUGACGGCUCUUAAACAUUUCCAAGCACUUUUUCAACUUAGAAAAUACUUACCUAUAAUAGGUAUGCGACAAAGAACAAUUUAUAUAGUACUAUCAAAAGAUUCUUGUGAUGAUGAUAUAUUAAGAGCAUACUUUCAUUCCUCUUUGUACGCAAUGAUUCUGAGCAGAAUGUAUGGAAUCUAUACAAGAGCACUUCAUAGAAAGACUAAUCAUAAUGUAUCACAUUCAAUGAUCCAACUAUUGACAAUGAAUUCUGAAUGUCUUAAUGAGUAUAUCAUUUUAAGCAAAACAUGUCCAUAUAUAUGGGGCAAGGCUCUACUCGUGUUAGAUAAAAUGGUUCUUUCUGAAUGUAAUUUAUUUCUUAAAUUGUUAAAAAAGAGUGAUUGGAAAUUAAAGACGAAUGUAUUACCUAUAAAGCCUUGGAAAGGCUCAUGGAUGUAAAAUUCUUAACAAUGUCAAGCUUAAUUAUUAUUAUUAAUAUAAAAUUGUGUUAAU